UACAGUCCCGCGCACGCGCUCCAGCAGGAGCGGCGGUGUAUCCUGGGCGCGCGAGCAGCAGAAGGAGGAGAGAUAGUGUGGAAGAUAACGGAGGAUGAGUCCUGCGGAACCGGCGCGCGCCUGAAUUCAUACUGGAGCUUUUAUUCCUCCUGUUUUUUAUGUGGAAUUCGGGGAAAGAACGCGAGGAUCUGAUCUAAGCUGUGCUGAGGUUUUGCUCCGGUUCGGAUUCCUAAUUCAUUUAUCAAUUCGCUUUAAUUGAAUCCGGUUUAUUUUAGGGGGGUCUUCCUCUGUAAGAGCCGCUCGCGAUGCUGUGGAAAACGCGGCUCGCGCUGCUGCUGUUUUACUGCGGGGGCUCGUGCAGUUGGGCGCGCGAGGAUCGGCAGCAGCAGCAGAAGAAUUCCGCCUCCACCGGAGCCCCUGCGCGCGCGGACACGCACCGGGCGCACGCGGCUGAGGUGCUGGACUUCGGCUACGUCCCGUCCGUGGUGUACGAGACGCACGCGUACUACGAGCCCGGACCCAUCGGUCUGCUGUUCCACAUGGUGCACGCUCUGCUGUACGCCGUGCAGCCCAACCCCUUCCCCAAAGAUCUGAUUGUAAAGCUUUUACAGCAGAAUAUGGGAGGAAUCAAACCCGAGGAGCUCCAGAAGCCUGAAAACGUUGUUUUAACACUACAGGCUAUUUACUAUGAGAUAGGCUUUAUCGUGCUGGCGGUGCUGGGAUUUCUGUUCCUGAUUCUGAUGCCGCUGGUGGGCUUCUUUUUCUGCAUGUGCCGCUGCUGUGAGAACUGUGGGGGUGAGAUGCAUCAGAGACACCGUAAAAACGCAGACUGUCAGCGAGGCUUCUACACCGCCUCGCUCAUCGCCUCAUCUAUCUUCAUCACUGCGGGUGUACUUGUUGCCUACACAGCAAACCACAAUAUCACCACCCAGAUCAAAAGCACCAGAAGACUCGUUAGCACCAACAUACGAGACCUGAAAUCAUUCGCCAAUUACACACCAGCGCAAAUAGAUUACCUGACCGCACAGUACACCACCGCCAAGAAUAAAGUGCUGUCAGAUUUAGACAAUAUCGGGCCUCUGCUAGGGGGGCGGAUACACAACCAGCUGGAGAAAGAAGUAGUACCCGCUUUAGACAACGCCCUACGCAUGACUGGAGUCAAAGUGGAGAGUGCUAUUAAAGCGAUGCGAGAGACAAAGGAGGCGUUGGAAAACGUGAGCACAUCGCUGGAGACGCUGCAGGACGGGACGGGGAAGUUGCAGAGGUCACUGCAGGCCGAGCGUUCAUCUCUAUCCAACACCCUAAACGACCCGGCCUGCAGCAACGGCGACGUCGCACACACCUGCAGCACCAUCCGAGGCACACUCAGCCAGCUCGCCAUCAGCGCCAACUUCAACGGGCUUCCAGAUGUGAGCCCCCAGCUGGCUAAUCUAGAGACUGUGAUGAAGACUGACCUCAGCUACAUCGUACAGAAGGGAUACUCAGCGUUUAAUGAUACUCCACUGAUGGUGAGAGAACAAACCAAAGGUGUCGUAUCAACUUUGCCCAGAGUGAAAGCUCUGUUGGAUAAGUCCGGUGCAGAGAUCAUUGGCUUUACUAAGAUGUUCCCGGUGGAACCAGCACUAGAGAACUUCACCAAGUUUCUCUCUGAUGGACAGAAGAACAUUGAAGCAUAUUACCCACAGAUAGACCAGCUGGACUUCUACAGGUGGAUCGGGUGUGUGGUGGUGUGCUGUAUGGUGGUGCUGAUUCUGGCAUUUAAUAUCCUUGGAUUGAUGUGUGGCUCAUGUGGCUAUGAUAAGAAUGCCACGCCCACCACACGCGGCUGCAUGUCUAACACUGGCGGAAACCUCCUCAUGGCAGGUGUGGGGUUCAGCUUCAUCUUUUCCUGGGUGCUGAUGGGAAUUGUAGUUACAUCGUUUGUUGCGGGGGGGAACACGGAGAAGCUGGUGUGUGAGCCUCUGGCCAACAGACAACUGUUCAAGGUAAUAGACACUCCAUUUUUGGUCCAUCCUGCUAAAAAGAACUUCCUACCUGGAUUACUGUUUCAGGACCCCAACCUGGACCUCACCUUGGGCAGCCUGUACAGGGAUUGCUAUGAAAAUAAUGGAAUAUAUGCAGCUUUGAAGCUGGAGAAUAAAUUCAACUUUGUUAAAUUCAUCAACGCCACAGCGUAUAACCCUGAGCUGGCUAGUAUACUGGAGAGGGUGAAUGUGGAUCUGCAGGGGGUAACCCUGCUGGAACAGGAGGGCAAAGAUAACCUCAUCAACUUCGCCAACACAGGCCUCGGAGAAAUCAACUACCCAGGAUACCUUACAGAGGUGAAUAAAGGCGUGACUGUGGUGGAUCUCCUCUCUUUUGCAAAUGAACUGGAGGCCCAGGCCGAUAAUCUGCCCCGUGGAGCUCUGGGAAACGCACUGAAGGGUCACGCCAGCAGCAUCAGACAGAUCCAUAAAGAACAGGUUCUGCCUAUGGAGCAGGCCAUGAAAUUUGUGAGAGCACGGAGUUCUUUAAGUCAGAGCAUCACGUUACUGCAGACCACGUCUAGAGAACUUCCAACUAAAGUGACAAACGUUCUGAGUGCCAUCGAUGCAGCAGAGUACCUCAUCGCCAACAAUGCCUCACAAGUUGUAAAACAGGAGACUGGAAAAUAUGUCCGGAACCUGGUGAGCUAUUUCAGACAGUACACGAACUGGGCUCAGAACUCGUUAAUGUUGGAAGUGGCUCAGUGUAAACCCAUCAGCAACAUCAUCGACUCGCUCGAGAUCAUCGGCUGUAGCUUCAUCAUCGACUCAGUGAACACAUUCUGGUUCGGUCUGGGUGGCUGCUGUUUAUUCCUCAUCCCCAGUAUCAUCAUGUCUGUCAAACUCGCCAAAUUUUACCGCAGGAUGGACACUGAGGAUGUUUUUGACGAUAUGGACAUCAGUGGUAAUCAUAAUGAUCGUAUAUGUGGAAUAAGUAACCCUGUGAUGGCCAGCUAUCCCUCAUACGACACAAUGACACGGUACCCUCGGGCUUCCGCCCCGCCGAGGCAGCCUGACUGGUGACACAUGUCAGCAGCACACUUACACUUUUACCAUUUAACCUGGGACACGCUGCCCAGUACAGCACCAGCAGCGGUUCGGAAAACUGGAGCUAGAGAAAUCGUCACGGGAUUUUUCUAGAACUCAUUUCAUUCCAGAGGAAGAAAAAAAGGGAACAUAACGUGACACAAAGCAGCAGGAGAGCAUCACAGCUUCCAGGAGCCCAAGCAAUACCAUAUCUUGUACCUGUGAACUCUCCAAACAUGACUUUAUCACUGUAAAAUUAUAUAUAUUGUCAAACAACUGGUAUAUAUGAUUUAAUACUCUUAAAAAUAAAGGUUUGUAAUUGAUUUGUAAUGAUUUAUAAUGAGGACUGAAUGAACAGAAAAGACUCUAAAGAUCCUGAAAAUCUACUUUCUUUCACGCUUUCACACUUAUCUUGUUUGGUCCUGACUUUUAGACUUUUCACUUUGGUCUGAACCGAAAUAACUGGUCUGAAAGGAUCCAUGAACCACAGUUUAAACCAAAUAACCAAAAUUUGGUCUGACCAAAUAAGAAGGUCAUGGUCAGGAUUAAAUGAACCAUGGUCUGGUUCAUCUGCAGUUUAAAAACACCUCUUCAGACGGUUCAGACAAUAUAAAGGAAGAUGAGGCAGACUAUUGUCACCCAUAUAAUAUAAUAGAAGAAGAAACAGAAUGGGUGUCAUGCUGAAAUUUGAAUAAUUUAAGAAAUUUGAUGGGAAUCUGUUUUGUUAUCAUUAUGCUGUGGGACACCGGCACUCAAAGAGGAAACAGAUUCUGGCAGAGUGACAGAGUUCUGCACCACACCUGGAAAGGCAACUCGUGGAACUGACCGUCCAUUUAAGUAAACUACAUAUGUACAGUAAACUAUAAAUGUACAGUAUACAAUUUAGCACUGAACACAUGAAGCUAGGUGCAGGUGUGAAAAUGUAAAAAUGAAAAUAAAGAUACAGUAGAUCUUCAGGAGAAAGAGGGUAUAGAUAUAAAUGGUUUGGGACAUUAAACUUUAUGCAGAUGUUCUGUACAAUUCAAAAAGGCUCUUCUUCACACUUGUGAAUCUGAUUUACAGAUGUUUAAUAAAUAAUCUUUAUAUUUGAGAGUGUGGUUUUGAUAACAUAAAGACUUCAGACAGGAUUUGUUUACCACACAGAGUUAUAGAUGUUCUACUGAAUGUUCCUUUCUACUCAUUGUUAUCAGGAAUGUUUUUGGACUUUUGUAUUUUUUUUGUGUUUAUAUCAAUUUUAUAAACCAUGUCUUUAGUGUGUCUCAGAUUACAGCAAAAGGGAAACUAGCCUAAAUCCCAUAAGGACUUAUUGCAUCAUAUAGAGAAAUAUAAGACAAGAAGCAGUUGGCAGCUGUGUUUAUUAAGCUUCUGGCUCAAAAAAUAAAUAAAUCAACUAGUAUUUUAUUUUUUGUUCAUUUUGAUGAUUACUGAAUGUCUAAAUAAUGAGCACAAUUUUAAAUAUAUUCACAAUAUAAAAGGUUACGUAAUUGAAUCAGCAGACUCAAUUCUGUCUAGUUCUGAUGUUUACAGUGCUUUUUUAAAAUAUAUGUAUUGUUGUUUAAUGAAUAAUGAAGACUCCACAGUUUUGGAAUCAGAAAUAGCUUGUGUAAAAGUGAAUAUCACAUACUAUAUAUAUUGAUAUAGUAUAUUUUAUAAACAGUCCCUUAGCAAACACAUAUAAACAUGAACAGGACAAGAACACCUUGAUAUUUUAUUAUUUGAUGUAAAGACUAAAGAAACUGUUUUAUAUGAAGUCUGGUUUAUGAUUCAGUCAUUAUUAUGUACAGUAUCUCACAAAAGUGUUAUUCCUGCUUUAAUACUUUAAAAUAUAUAAUCAAAUAUUUGCAAAGAUGUAAUGUGUGUGCUUACUUUUGGGAGAUACUGUAACUGCUGCAGUUCCUACUUGAAUUUUUGUUGUCUUAUUUUCCAGUGUCUUACUGUAUUUGCUUAUUUAUUUCUUAUUUUGAUUCCCAGUUUCUGCAGAACGAGCAGAAUGGUCACUGUUGUUUUCUGAAUUUAAAAAUAUUAAAGAAAACUUCUUAUUACUAACAAAUGAUGUAAACAAUGAAAUGUACGUAUAACUUCUUUCUGCAGGUCCUACAGUGUGUUGCCAAACCUGCUGAUCGUUUUUCUUUAUUAAUAUACAGUAUAUUGCAACACCUUAGUGAUCUUGUUGCAUUACUUGAUUUGUAACGAAUUUUCAACUUUAACUAAGCCUAUAAUUCAUAGAAUUCGUAGAAUUACUUACAAAGCACUCAGAAAACUGUUUAUGUAUACACUUUAUUAUGUUUAUGGGUUUUAUACAACCAUAAGCAGCCAUAGUGUAAACACUAUAUAGACUAUACUAUAAAAAUGAACCAGUCUAUUUCCAUUCAGCAGGAAGAAUGGUCACAAGGGGUCUGCAGAAAGAGGUAAAUGUUAAACUGGGCCAAAAUAAACAAUGAACUAAA